AUGUCCGAGGGGACCUCGACACCAUCCCGACCAGCAUCACCUGUUGCGGACCUGCCUCAGCCUUCUCAUGCUCAUCCGUAUCGCUUCCAGUGGGAUGCAUCCAACCGUCGACCAGGGCCGGGCAGCGUCUCUGGGGCGACCGAGGGUCCCAAUGACUACUUUGGCGAGGCAUCGCAGUACGACAUCUACAACAACGCCUCACUCACAUCGUUGCAGCUCGGCGCACUGCCAUCAGAUUGGAGCAGUGCAAAGCAUGGGUUCCACGCAAUCUCUACUGUCGUGAACAGCCCGCACAAACGCUCUGCACCGCCGAAAGCUCAUUCUAGUCUCCCAGCAGUGCCGCCCGCCGAGCUGCCACGCGUACGCCGGAAGGAUUUUGACCCCUACUUGAGCGCGGUUGGCCCGGAGUGGGAGCGGUUCCAGAGGAGUAUCGAACAAGGACGGGAGGGCUUUGCGCAAAUUCCGACCACCGCAGUGCCCUCAUCCUCUAGCUUUGACGUCCCCGAUGCCAGCCAUAUACCGCAGCUUCGGCCCGGGCGAGCGUUACCCCCGCUGGAGACGGUCCCUGCUGUAUUUUUCGAGCAGAACUUCAACCUCGGCGACCCGCGAACGUUCAAUGCAGUGACAGAACAGCCUGAGGGUGCCGACGCCUUUGUGUCUGACCCAUCGGCACUCUCAUAUUCACUGCCGCUGCUCGAGAAAUUGUCUCACCAUGCCGAUACGAUCGAACAGCACCUCGUACGCGAGAUCUCCUUGCGCUCGACAUCGUUUUUUGCCGCUCUAUCAAACCUGCAGGACCUGCAAACCGAGUCAGAACAAUGUCUCGAGCGUAUCGCAAAGCUGCGCGGUAUGCUCAACGAGGUAGACGAGGAGGGUGCCAAGCGUGGGCUAGAGAUCGUCCGGAGGGAGCACCGGCUGCGCAACCUAGACGCUGUCAAGGAGGGCGUCAAGCUCGUGAGCGGGGUGGUGGAGAUGACCGGGGUGGCCAAGAGCCUCGUUGCUGCGGGACAGUGGGGAGAAGCACUGGAUGUGAUUGACGAGCUGGACAGGCUGUGGCAGGCCGGGUCGAGCAAUGAGGGGACCGGCGAUAAACCGAAGGCAGAGACCCUACCACCAAUACCUUCAAGGGAGGGGACCCGUUCUCCACUACCCACUGUUCCCGAGUCGCCACCCGAAAGUCCAAAGCCGACACCCGCCGAUAUAUCCCCCAAACCUGCCAUCAAUGUGCCAAUAUCAUCCCUGAAGGCGUUCGCUGCACUGCCGGCUCACCUCCGCACAUUAACGCUGGAGAUUACUUCUUCGCUGACCUCUGAAUUUGUGAAUGUAUUGCGGCUCGAUCUAGUCGAGCUAAUAGACGAUUCGCCCAGCAAAGAAAGGAAAGAAGAUCCAGACACAUAUCUACGUGAUAGGCUCCGUCCGCUUCUGCAAUGUCUCGCACGCACGAAAGGUGUGCGAGAAGCUACGAACUCGUGGAGUGAAGUAGUCAUGACCGAGGUCCGAAGUACGCUCAGGCGACGAGUACCUCUGUCCGAUAUUGAUGGAGACGACGCGAAGUCUCAAGGGUCAAAUGCAGCAAAUGAACUCCGUUCCAUGCCACAUCCAGAGUUUAUGGAGCUUGCGCGCGCGAUGUACCGGAGUCUCCUGCAAUGUAUCAGAGGCCUGCAACGGCAGCACGCUAUCAUCGUGGAAGUCCUCCAAGCUGUACGGUCACCGAAGGCCUCGGUCGACAUCCCGGCGCUACAAGAGGACCUGUCAGGUAUCUUGUCGUCUGCAGCCGAGCUCGCGCAUGUGCGGGCGUCGAAGAUCAUCGCACUGCGGGCUGAGCAGCAUGCAGCGCUGGAUCUGCCGAGCUUCGCUGCCGUGUUCAACGAGUCGUGGAACUUCGUCGUGGAAUCGGAGAAGAUCUGCCGACGGAUGAUUGUUGGUCUUCGGGGGACGAUCGUUGGCCAGGCCAAGAGCUUCUUGCAAGCAUUCCACCAGGUGCAGAUAACGAACUCUGCGAAGCUCGUCGAGGAUGAGCAGUGGAAUGCAGCAGAAGUCGCUCCUUCUGUCCAACACAUCGUUGAUAUGCUGGUCGAUGCUUCCAUUUCCGAUCCUCCCGAGCUCCUGCUCAACCCCCCAGCGCUACCUUCACCCCGUCCAAGGUCGCCUGCACCGCUCUCUCCAGCGCUUUCUCCAAACGGGCAACCGCCGCCACAUCCUUCCUCUCCGCUUCCGUCCCCGACAUUGCGUCCCGUGGCGAGCCGGCAUCCGUCGCGGCGGUCGGCGACAUCACACUCGAAGCAUUUGCAUAUCGAGGACCGGAGCUACUAUGCCGUAUCCGCGACGCUCGAGGUGCUCGUGCUCCUAGCGGACUACCUCAAGAUCAUGAUGAAUCUGGAGAUGCUCACGACAGAGACAAUGAGCCGUGUCAUCGAGCUUCUCAAAGCGUUCAACUCGCGGACGUGCCAGGUCGUGCUAGGCGCCGGCGCCAUGCGCUCUGCUGGGCUGAAGAACAUUACUGCGAGGCAUCUUGCAUUGGCAUCGCAGUCGCUAUCAAUAGUAAUCUCGCUCAUUCCGUAUAUCCGGGAGACGUUCCGGCGGCAUCUGAGCCAGAAGCAGGCGGUCAUGCUCGUAGAGUUCGAUAAGCUGAAGCGGGAUUACCAAGAGCACCAAAAUGAGAUACACCAGAAGCUGAUAGCGAUCAUGGGAGACCGCCUCAGUGUCCAUAUAAAGAGCCUGCAGGAAGUGAAGUGGGAUGUGCCGAAAGAGGGAGGCGGGAUCAACGACUACAUGGAGAUUAUUGUCAAAGAUACUGUCACACUUCACAAGGUGCUCUCGCGUUAUCUGUCGCCCUCGGUAGUCGAGUAUGUGAUGACUCAGGUCUUCGCGGGAAUCAACCAUCGACUGUCCGAAGAGUUUACCAAGGUCGAGCUGCCGUCCCAAGAGGCCAAGGACCGGUUACUCGCGGAUGCGCGAUAUUUGCAUAACAAGCUGACCGGGCUGAGGAACGUGGGCGCGCCGACCGCGAUGCUGGAGAUUAUUGUGUCGGAGAAGGCCGUCGCACGCAACACGCCGCCGCCUCCUGCUCAGCCUGUGACUACCAAUCACGCAACACAACGGAUCAAAGGGUUGCUUGCGCGAUCGGAUAGCAAAAGGACCUCAACGCUGCUAACACACCUCCCGCACCUUCCGCAUUUCGAGAAGGCAGAGAAGGUACCUCCUUCACCCACCCCGCCAGUGGAAAAAGUUGCGCCUCCGGCGCCGCCGGAUCCUGAGCCGCCCACGGCGGAACCAGUGGCCGAUGGCGUUGCUAGUGCGGAUCCUCCCACGGGUCAUGAGAUCGAGGGCAAUACGGAGGCGCACGAUGCCCCUGCUGACGAGCCGCCGCCGGAGACGCCGCCGAAGCAGGAAGCACCCUCCCCACCAAAAGAGACGCCCCUGUCGGUCUCGCAGAAUGGGGAUGCGGCCGACGGUCACGUUGAUACUGGGGAAGAAGUUCAGCGGGAAGACGGCGGCUCGUGA